AUGGCAACAGCUUCAAAGAUUGAAUCUCAAGGGAGAGCUCUUCUUCAAUGGAAGGCCACCCUUGAAACACAAGAACUCCUUAACACCUGGACGUCAAACACCAGUCCAUGCAACUGGACUGGAAUCACAUGCAGAUAUAAUGGCCAUCUUAUGCCAACCAUCACCAUGAUCCAACUUGCAAGUAUUGGACUGGAGGGAAAGCUAGAGACUCUCAACUUCUUUGCUCUGCCAUCAGUUCGGCUUCUCGACCUCAGACAGAACCAUCUCCAUGGAUCCAUUCCUGCAGCAAUUUCAGCUCUUUCCAAGCUCACCGCCAUUGCUCUCUCUGACAACAAUCUCACAGGCAUCAUCCCAUCAGAGCUUGGUAACUUGACAAGACUCAACUUAUUGUGGCUCUCUCAGAAUCAGUUAAGUGGCUCCAUACCUCCAACUUUGGGUAAUCUUACUAAUCUUCAGUCAUUGAGAUUGUCCACAAACAAGCUUUCAGGCACUAUUCCUUUGGAGGUUUGUGUUCUUGUGAAGCUGAGAAGGUUAUCCAUCUCCAGAAAUUUUUUGGUAGGUUCCAUCCCACAUGAGAUUGGAUAUUUGGUUAAUCUUAAUAUACUUCAUCUCUCAAGUAAUAGUUUCACAGGAUCCAUUCCUCAAAUCCUAGGCAACCUCACCCAACUUGUCAGUUUGUUCCUUUAUGACAACCAAAUAUCAGGAUCCAUUCCUCUGACCUUUGGAAACCUGACCCACCUGGUUAAUUUGUACCUGUCUGAAAACCAAAUAUCUGGAUCCAUUCCUACUUCUUUUGGAAAUUUGAUGGCUCUAAAAGAAGUGGAGCUUUUUGAAAAUAAACUCUCUGGCUCAAUUCCUCCUCCUCUUGGAAGUUUGAAAGGUCUCACUCAUUUAGGUCUAUUUAACAAUUAUCUCUCUGGCACAGUGCCUGAUGAAUUGGUCAACCUAACAAAUUUAAUUGAUUUACAAUUGGAAAAUAAUAGCCUUUCUGGUAAUUUACCUCAGGAUUUGGCAAAGGGACGUUUGCUUAAAUAUCUUGCAUUGGGAUAUAAUAACUUCCAAGGUCUUGUUCCGAUUAGUUUGAAAAAUUCUACAAACUUAGUCAGGGUUCGGCUUGAAAGAAACCGAUUCACUGGAGAUAUCUCUCAAAGCUUUGGUGUUCAUCCGCUUUUAAAUUAUAUUGAUCUCAGCUUUAAUAGAUUGAUUGGCACUUUAUCACCAUCUUGGGAGCAUGUCUCAAUUUGA